AAUUCUCAGAUCACCUGUCGUUAGUGUCUAGCUGUCUGAUCAUGGGUGAAGUCCAGGUUCUCAAAGAUGUAGCUACACGCCUUAGAAUAAACUCAGUAAAAGCAACUGAAGCAGCAGGAUCUGGGUAACAUUCUUAUCUCAGUCAUUGUGUCUUAGACAUCCUACUUCAUGUUCAUCUCUGGCUGAAAUAAUGUCUGUACUUUUCCUUAAGGAAAUGCACUACAAACCACAAUCACCUAAAAAUCCAUCAAAUGAUAGAUUUGUAUUAUCUAAAGUAGGCAACUUUUCUUAGGAGAUUCACUGUAGGGCCAUGCCGCUCCAAUACUUUACGCAGCAUGGGCUCAGGUCGGGUUGUUCCCUGAGUCAGAAUUGCUUAAUCUACGCCAGAUAGACUCGGACUUAGAAGGCCAUCCCACUCCGGUAAGAAUUUCAAUACCUGACGCUUGUAGCGCCUGUCUUUUGUUGAUGUUUCAACUGGUUCUCUUGGUCAAGGUGUCAGCAAUGCUGCUGGGAUGGCGUACGUCGGGAAAUAUAUUGACAAAGCAAGUUAUAGAGUAUACUGCGUGGUUGGAGAUGGGGAAUCUGCUGAAGGUAGUAUUUGGGAAGCAAUUGCCUUCUCAUCAUAUUACAAACUGGAUAAUCUUGUUAUAAUAUUUGAUGUUAAUCGCCUUGGACAAAGUCAGCCGACACAACUGCAGCACCACUUAGAAACUUAUCGACUGAGAACUGAAGCAUUUGGGUGUCAUUCUAUAGUGGUUGAUGGUCAUAACAUUGAGGAGUUACUUAAAGCAUUUUCAUGUGCUCGUACGGUCAAAAAUAAACCUGUUGCUUUAAUUUGUAAAACGUACAAAGGUCAAGAUUUCCCUGGUAUUGCUGAUCAGGAGAAUUGGCAUGGUAAACCUCUUGGAAGUAAGGCGAAGGAAGUACUGGAUUACCUCAAUGCUCAAUUAAGCAAGACUUCAGUUGGCAGUUAUCCUCUACCUUCAAAACCGCUGGAUGAUUGCAGUGAACUAAAACUAAUGGGUACUAUCAAGCUCCCGUCCCCCCCACAAUAUAAAAUAGGAGAUAUGGUGGCUACUCGACUCGCCUAUGGCACAGCUCUCUCUCGUAUUGGUCAAACUUGUGACCGAGUUAUUGGUCUCGAUGGUGAUACUAAGAAUUCAACUUUCAGUAUUAAACUUAGAGAUGUUAAACCAGAUCAAUUUGUCGAGUGUUUCAUCGCAGAGCAAAACUUAGUGGGUGUGGCUAUUGGUUGUGCUGCACGUGGGCGAACCAUUCCAUUUGUCAGUACUUUUGCCGCCUUUCUCACUCGGUCUUUCGACCAAAUACGCAUGGGUGCAAUUUCUCAAACCAACUGUAAUUUCGCUGGUUCACAUGUCGGAGUCAGCAUUGGUGAAGAUGGACCAAGUCAAAUGGCUUUAGAAGAUAUGGCUAUGUUUCGUUCUGUGAUUGGCUCCACAGUGUUUUAUCCAUCGGAUGCUGUGUCGACCGAACGAGCUGUUGAACUGGCAGCUAACACCGUGGGGAUCUGUUAUAUACGAACUGGACGACCUAACCAACCUGUAAUUUAUUCUCCCGAGGAAUGCUUUUGUAUUGGUAAAGGGAAAGUUGUUCGCACUGCAGGACCUACUGGUGACCAUUUAACUGUAGUUGGUGGUGGUAUUACAAUAACUGAAGCCUUAAAAGCAGCCAAUAUUCUUGCAGCUGAAAAUAUUAAUAUUCGUGUAAUUGAUCCAUUCACUAUUAAGCCAAUAGAUGCAGAAUUACUCGCAAAGGCUGUCAAAGAAACAUGUAACAAAGUACUGACAGUAGAAGACCAUGCACCUGAAGGAGGUAUAGGAGAUGCAGUUAGUGCAGCUCUCUCACAAUGUGGCGUAGACCAUACUGUUCAGAGAUUAGCUAUCAGAGAAGUGCCGCGUUCUGGGAAACCAGAAGAAUUACUAGCCAAAUAUGGUGUAGAUGCAAAUGCUAUUGUUCGUGCUGUAAAAGCAUUACUUGGCAAAUGAUAAAUGCUGCAUGGUAUUAUCUUCUGUUUUAAUAAUUAUUGUGAUUCAAUAUUAGGUCAAUGUUAAUUAAUUCAAUUUUAAUUACGAAAUUCUAAUCAAUAAUUCUUCACUUCAUAACGAUUAAUAUUAUUAUUGCACUUUCAGUACACAUUUGUCGUACCAUGUGGAUUUUUGAAUUGAAUUAUUCUGUUUGUUGUCUGGUUAGUUUUCUAAUCAUUAGACUUUAUUUUCUAGUAAUAAAAAAUUCUUUCUG